CGCGCUUGGCUUCUCCCUCGUUUGUGGAAAGUCCGGUCUGUGUUGGGGGGAUCGGAUAACGUGUCCACCGGAUAUUUAGCGUACUAGCUCACUGUCUAGGUUAGCGCUUUUGGGACUUACUUGAAGCUACAUUAUCACGAUAGCUAUGCUGACGUCUGUAACGGUCAGGGAUAGUCGCCUAUGGAGUUUCCUCAAAACGACGACUGUGAAGUGCUGCUGCCAAGGCCGCUUUUGAACGACAACCUUUGCUUUUCCCGUGUCCUCCGCAAGAGAAUUAUCAGUGUCUUCACAAGCAAGUAGCUAAUCUAUAUAGAAUUCAGCAAGUGCAUUUUUGACCCAUCACAAUGAUUCCCAACGGUUGUUUGAUGUUUGAGGAUGAGAGCUUUCUUGACUCCACUGUGGCAAAGAUGAACGCCCUUCGUAAAAGUGGCCAAUUCUGUGAUGUUAGGCUGCAGGUGUGUGGUCAUGAGCUGAUGGCACACAGAGCAGUGCUGGCCUGCUGCAGCCCUUACCUGUUUGAGGUGUUCAACAGUGAGGCGGAGCAUCGGGGAGGUGUUUCCCUGGUGCAGUUUGAUGACCUAAACCCAAAGGCUGUGGAGAUCCUGCUCAGCUAUGCCUAUACUGCACAGCUCAAGGCUGACGGAGAUCUCGUACAGGAUGUAUUCUCAGCAGCGAAAAAGCUGAAAAUGGAAAGGGUCAAACAGAUCUGUGGUGACUACUUGUUGUCAAAGAUGGAUUGUCAAAGUGCCAUCGCCUACCGAAGUUUUGCCAGCAGCAUGGGAGAUGGCCAUCUGCUUAGUAAUAUUGAUGCCUACAUCCAGGAGCACCUGCUGGAAAUUGCUGAAAAAGACAACUUCCUUAAACUCCCUCGUCUUAAGUUGGAGGUGAUGCUGGAAGAGAACCUGAAUUUGCCGAGUAACGGCAAGCUCUAUUCGAAGGUGAUAAACUGGGUUCAGCACAGCCUAUGGGAGACUGGAGAGCCCUUGGAGAAGCUGAUGGAUGAGGUGCAAAUGCUCUACUACUCGGCAGAUCACAGACUGCACAGCGGUGACGCAGCGGAGGAGCUGUUGGGGGCCUGUGUACCAGAGGAUGACCACGCCCAGUUUGUUCAGAUUAAGCCUCCUCGUGAGAGCAUUCAGAGACAGGCAAGCACAAACUUUUCCUGCAGCCUCUCCAGCCCCAUCGGCCAGCUCAGCAAGCACGAGUGGAAAUGCAUUGCUUCUGAGAAAACCUCCAACGGCACAUACGUGUGCCUGGCCGUGCUGAAGGGCAUGCUGUGUGUGAUCUCACUGCACGAGCGCUGCAGCCCCCAGAGCUCGCCCACCACCACACCUUGCCUGCAGAAGAGCCGCAGCCUGGAGUCCCGGGGUGACGAGCCCUGUGAGACGCCUCUUGCACCCAUGCACUAUGCCCGCUCAGGACUGGGCACUGCCAAGCUGGACGGCAGGCUCAUUGCUGCAGGUGGUUACAACAGGGAGGAGUGCUUGAGGACUGUCGAGAGUUAUGACCCAAUGAAGGACUGCUGGACGUUCAUCGCUCCCAUGCAAACUCCUCGUGCACGAUUCCAGAUGGCAGUCCUGAUGGGCCAGCUGUAUGUAAUGGGGGGUUCCAAUGGUCACUCAGAUGAGCUGAGUUGUGGGGAAACGUAUGACCCCAGGGCUAAUGAGUGGACACGAGUUCCAGAGCUCCGAACAAACCGCUGUAAUGCAGGUGUCUGCUCUUUGCACAACAGACUGUUUGUGGUGGGAGGUUCAGACCCCUGUGGCCAAAAAGGCCUCAAGAACUGUGAUUCCUUUGACCCAUUGUCAAGGGCCUGGACUAAAUGUGCUUCUCUCAACAUCCGGCGACACCAGGCAGCUGUAUGUGAGCUGGAUGGCUUUGUGUAUGUGAUUGGUGGCGCCGAACUGUGGAACUGCCUGAACUCGGUUGAGCGGUAUAACCCUGAGAACAACACUUGGACCCUGGUGGCCCCUAUGAACGUGGCCCGCAGGGGGGCAGGGGUGGCUGUGCAUGAGGGAAAGCUGUUUGUGGUGGGAGGAUUUGAUGGCUCACAUGCUCUACGCUGCGUUGAGGUCUAUGACCCGGCCCGUAACGAUUGGAGGAUGCUGGGAAGCAUGACUACUGCACGUAGCAACGCGGGUGUAGCGGUGCUGAAUCGGGUUGUGUGCGUUGUUGGGGGUUUUGAUGGUAACAACUUCCUCAACACCAUGGAGAUUUACAACCCCGAAAGCAAUGAAUGGAGCCCCUCUGUAGAGACUCUGUCAGAGUAGUGAGCAGAACUGGUUUGAUGGUACAGGUGUUUAAGUGCCAUUGUGCUGGCCCUGGAGCUUGGUCCUCUACCUUUUAGUAUGAUAACAUUUGGUUAUUGGUGCUAUUGAAGCUGAUAUUUUAUUGUAAAGAAGAUAAAAGGCAUAGUAAGAAUUAAUAGUUCACAGUUCAUUCAGUGUAGCUUAGUGCUCUCAGGCUGAUGAAAAACUCAAUACUAGGUAAUUAGAAGAUUCCAACAGGGGCUAGUAAAAAGGAGGGGUAUACACUCAGGUGUCUUACUCAACUUCAUUGUCAUUUUCUGGAAUUGCUGUAUAACAUGACUAUCUUGUUAUAAUAAGGACACAACUGAGGACUGCAAAUGCCAAAUGGGAACUGGGGCCAUGUGCUUUAUUGCAUCUUCCCUAUGUACUAUAUAUAAAAUGUUUAUGCUGAGGACUCCUUUUUUUCUUUUACUUAUCAAAAGCCUACAUCAUGUCUUGUCUCUUAGUGCCUCUUCUUUUCUUAUUUUCCUUUUAUUGUUAUUAUUCCUUUUAUUAAAAGAGUUUUUUUUGUGUUGUUUUUUUUGCACAGCAUUUGUUACAAGUGGGGGAGAGAAUAUUUCAUGGCUAAUAAAGCUUGUUAAUUGUUAGGACAAAUUAAAUUGGGUCUGCACACCCUGUUCUGGGUUAGAUCAGUGUGAGUUGCUUCAUCACACCUACAUAUCAAUGAACAAGUGAUUAGAGUCUAUUUAAGGUGUUUUCACAUAUCUUUCUCAAUAAACUGAACUCAAUUUUGUUAAA